CACGUGUACCAGGAAGUAGGAAGUGAACACGGGGGAUGAGAAGUACCACUGGCUAAAAGUGUGGCACAAUGCUAGAGCACUACUCCCCUGUUGCCCAGGCGCUGCUGGGCACUCUGUUCACUUGGGGCCUGACUGCUGCUGGAGCUGCGAUGGUAUUUGUCUUCUCCAGUCGACAGAAGCACAUCUUGGACGGAAGUUUAGGAUUUGCAGCAGGGGUAAUGUUGGCUGCUUCCUACUGGUCUUUGCUGGCACCAGCGAUCGACAUGGCCGAGGAUUCUGGGAAGUACGGCUCAUUUGCUUUUCUGCCUGUGGCCGUUGGAUUCACACUUGGGGCGGCUUUUGUUUACUUUGCUGACGUUGCCUUGCCCUUGCUGGGUGUAAUUGCCGACCCUCAUAUUGCCUUGGCCCUUGCUUCUGAGUCAAAGCUGGUCAAAGAGAAAGCAGAGGAUACGCCAGAUCCAUUUUCUGAAUCCCAAGCCAUCAAGAUAGGUAGAGCUGCACCUCUCUCAGAGGAAGGUCUUCAGCUCCCGAGGAAGAGAAUAUCUCAAUGGGGUAGCUCAGAUGGUCGAGAAACAGUAAGCAAACAACCAGAAAUGGCUGGACAUUCCGGAAGCAGCUGGAGACGCAUCCUUCUCCUUAUUCUUGCCAUCACUAUUCACAACAUUCCAGAGGGCUUGGCUGUAGGGGUUGGAUUUGGAGCUAUUGGAAAGACUCCAUCUGCUACUUUUGAGAAGGCAAGGAAUUUGGCUAUCGGAAUUGGCAUCCAGAAUUUCCCAGAGGGCCUUGCAGUGAGCUUGCCACUUCGUGGGUCUGGGGUCUCAACAUGGAUGGCCUUCUGGUACGGCCAACUCAGUGGCAUGGUUGAGCCCAUUGCUGGGAUACUUGGCGCCGUCGCCGUGGUGUUGGCUGAGCCUCUGUUGCCAUAUGCGCUGGCGUUUGCAGCUGGGGCGAUGGUUUACGUCGUGGUGGAUGACAUCAUACCUGAGGCUCAAGUCAGUGGGAACGGGAAGCUGGCAUCUUGGACUUCUAUCUUGGGCUUUGUAGUGAUGAUGUCGCUAGACGUAGGACUAGGCUGAAUUGCCAUGACGACCGGCACUGCGUGGACACCAAAUACCUCCAUAGCCAUCAUCACCACGACGCUGCUGACCUCAGUGUCAAAGAAGGGGACCAAAUCAAGUAUUGUAAAAUGUGACACUUUUCCACAGUACAGCAUGAAGUCAUGAUGCCAGUAAACCAUCCUCACUGUGAAUGUGUGGCAUCGCAUCCAGUACGGAUGUCUUUUUUUAGACUAUUUGUACAGUAAUGCAAUGAAGAUACUGUGUAUCGCCACACUGUGAACAUUCCCUUUACCCGACCUCAUUUUAGUACAGUUAUGUCCUGAAAUACUUGGACACUGACAGUUUUUAGGAGUUUGCCUUUCUACACCACUAUCUAUGAAAAAAACAAAAAACAACGUCAGGAUGUGAUAUGUGAUUGGAGUUAAUACUUUCAACAGACCAAAAUAUUGCAUUUAUUAUUUAAGAAAUUGCAGCCAUUUUAUGUACCUCAAUUUCCAGUGAUGCAAUAGUAGAAUUACAAAAAAUGAUGCAUGUAUAUAUAUUUUGUAUUUUGUACACACACACAUUUGGUUUGAUACGUACCUCAGUUUUAAGGGCAUUUUGAGUACAGUACCUCAGGGGACAAAAUGAAAAACAUAAAUCUGCUUAGCUUUUGUGUAAACCACUUUAAUAAUUUUUCUUAAAAUGAAACUUAGAAGAAUACAAACUGCUGGCAGGUAAUUUUUCCAAUAAACACAAUUUCGACACAUGUGGACCACAUUAGUCUAGCUCCAGAUGCAAGACUACUCUACUUAAAAUUCUCAAAUCUGGACUAGAUUAUUGGACAGACCUUAAAGACUCAUAAAAACACAGUUUGUGUUUUUACAUUUCCACUAAAUGCGUCGUUAUUGCAUUUUCACAAAUACUAUAAAGGUUUCACAAAUCACAAACUGUUUCUAUGGAUCUUCAGGGUCUGUGGGAUGAUUUAAGGAUGAUUUCUUCAAUGUUUUCCAGGCCUAGGACCCUCAAUCUGAUGGUGGGCUAGAGCAGGGACCCCCCUCCUUAUUUAUCAUGCAUACAAUUGUUUUGAAUUAAACGGGGCCUCAAGGAUUUUGAUAAAUAUUCGAGAGGAACAAGCAGUAGAAAAUGGAUGAAUGGUUUAGGAGAUUCAAGUAAUAUAUUAUAGUGCCGCUAAUAGCUGACUGGCAACUAGCGCGCUAAUCACUAGCUGAUAACUAAAGCGAUAAUUGCUAGAUGACAACUUGCGACAUCACUAGUUGACAACUGGUGUGCUAAUCGCUAAUUAAUUGCUAGCUGCUAAUCAAUAGCUAUCUUGAAUGCUACCAUAAAUAUUACCAUUUUUCAUUUGUGUUUUUAUUCAAAUCUGCAAGGUACAGUGACUAUGCCACCACAUUUUCUAAACUCUACUACCGUGUUUUGGAUCAAUGUGAUAAACGUUCAAGACAUUUACACUUGUGGAAAAAGUGGGUGGGUAUUAUAAACAAAUAUUUAAAAAAAAUAUGUCAUGACCCCCCUGUUAAAGACUUUUGAUUUGAUCCAUAUUUGAGAACUUUAAAUACAAAGGUUUUAAUCUGGACCUGGACUACUGUGGUCUACAUUCUUAAAAAGGGUUCAAUGAGUCUUUACUAUAUUUUCAGAAAAAGAUGUAUAAACUUUGCUAUGAGUUUUUACGCAACAUUUCUUUAUUUUUGUAACAUUGUUCAUAACAUCACAGCAUUUCUAAAAAACCUAUCAGUCUGGUAUCGACUAUCAGUAUCGUCCACCGCUAACGUCAGCCUUGGAUUUUACCAGUUUACUCCCAAUCACUCCGGACUUUUAUUAGGGUUGUGAAACAAUUAUGUACUCAUCCACUAAAGCAACUAAAUAUUUUGUUGAAAGUAAAUAAAUAUCCUGUAAAAUUCAAAAUUGACAAGUCACGCUACUGAAUGACUUUUGGGGGUUGUGUUCGAGACCACUGAAAUAUCACAUUUGUCCCCGGCCUGAUUUUGGUGAUGCAUGUUAAAGCCCUCUAAAACAUGCAGAGAAAGGCACACAAUGAUAUGAAGAUAGUAAUAAACACAAUAGGCUUCAUAUAUCUGAAAUAUUUCCUGUAUGAAAUUGCUGCAAUUCCUAAAUAAUAAAUGUUUUUUGUCAAGCUCACAUCUAAUAAUUUUUUAAAAUGUUAAAUCCAUUGCGUUUAUUGUCAUGGUUAAAUACAAAAUAAGAUAAUAGACAAAUGAUUUAUGAAAUAAGUAAACCUUAUGAAUACAUGAUAAUUAGAAUGAAUUCAAUAAUACAAAAAUAAUAUGUAUAUGUAGUUAAUAAUAGUGGUGGCAAAAUGCAAACUUUGUCCAACGUCCAAAGACUGUACUUGCAUUAUGGACAUAACUGUAACUGUAUUUGCUGUGCAGUGGAAAAGUACUCAUGCAUGCAUUGAGUCAUAAACAUUACUCAUGUUUACUCUUGGUCAAUAUUCAUUUCAAAACAGAAGUCGUCCAUUCUUAAAUUUGAAUCAUUUACCUCAUGGCUGGAGUACUUGAAGUCUGAAUGAAGUAAGUCGUUAUUAGACCUAAACAGAAACAGCUAAUUAUUUGUUUGGGGAAAAAAAGACUUACACUACAAGCUGUUUUAAUGCAAUGCUGCAAUAUGCAAAUAUAAAUGGGAUUUUGCACAUUAGCGUUCCCCCGCCCCCAAAAAAGGGAUUUCACGACUUGUUGAUUCUUUUUAUUCAUUAGAACACUAAUGGAAAUAAUGCUUCACGUCCUUUCCAAAUAAAUGUAGUGCCUUCGUUUUUUAUAAGUCAAAACUGCUACUGGUCAACAUGACUUUUGCCUGUUUAAAAGGGUGGAGUUGGUUCUGAUUCACACUUUGUUUAUUAAAGGAUCACUCUCAGAAUGAAUGGGAUUUGAAUCAAUAUUUUUGGCAUACAAAAGAUAUAAUUGUGCUCUACGCUAGGAAUACCGAUAUUGUAAUAAUUAAUGUAUGUAAAUCAGGGGUCUUAAACUCACCCUUUGCUCUGAUUACUGCUUUGCACACUCUUGGCAUUCUCUCGAUGAGCUUCAAGCACACCUGUGAAGUGAAAACCAUUUCAGGUGACUACCUCUUGAAGCUCAUCGAGGGUGUGCAAAGCAGUAAUCAGAGCAAAGGGUGGCUAUUUUGAAGAAACUAGAAUAUAAAACAUGUUUUCAGUUAUUUCACCUUUUUUGUAAAGUACAUAACUCCUCAUGUGUUCAUUCAUAGUUUUGAUGCCUUCAGUGAAAAUCUACAAUGUAAAUAGUCAUGAAAAUAAAGAAAACGCAUUGAAUCUGGAGAAAGUGUGUCCAAACUUUUAGCCUGUACUAUAUAUUAGGGUUGUUCGGUAUACCGGUACUAAUAAAGUACCGCGGUACUAAUUGAUUGAAAUCGGUACUAUACUGCCUUUGAAAAAUACCGGUACCGUUCUUUCAUCUGAGUGCAGCUGUGCGGCGGUGACUACAGAGCCGAGGCGCAUGAUGAGUGUGUCAAAACGCACACACAAAGUGCAUACAAGCAAUAACAUCAUUUUGGGGAAGAAUGGCAAAAAACGACAAUUUUACUGGUUAAUAAAGAGCGUGCGUGAAAAACAAUAUGGAGGUAAUUGGGCUUCAAAACUAACAAUAAAGGUGACGCUUUAAACACGGAAGCGCCGCACUUCAAGUGUUGCUUUAAAACACGCCUGGUUAAAUGUGGCAAUUAGUAUGACCAGUAUGCUUCAAACUUAGGUAAUCAUUUAAAUAAUAAGCAUUCACAUCUGCACAUGGAGUUAUAAAGAGUGACAGGUAAUAAUGUAGUUGUUACACCUGUCCUGCUGUUUGUCUCCAGUGCAGACCGUAGUAGAGGAGCACAGGGGAG